AUGGCUACCUAUAUUGCACCUUCAUUUUGGAAAAGUAAUUGGACAGCACUCAGUGAAAGUGCCUUUCAAAUGAAUGAAUGCAAUAAAAUGACAUACCGUACUUAUCAAUCGUCCAGCACCAGUAAAUCCUCCAAGACAGCGCCGGAAAUUACAAAAGAUAUUUGUUAUCGCACAGUGUUUGUACAUAGUGUAACUGGUCAUGACUUGUUCGAUGGAACGUUCGAAAGACCUAUGAAAACUAUUCAAGCCGCUUUAACUCUCACGCGAACUCUGCGUACUAUGCACAAUAGUGAUUAUACACUGUGUAUUAGCAUACGUGGAGGAACCUACUAUCUUGGUACGAAUGUUACUACGACUAGUAGUCAAAUUGGUGCGAUCGCACUGACAAGUAAUGAUAGUAAUCUUGUAAUCGAAAACUAUCAGGAUGAGCGCGUCGUAUUGAGUGGUGGCACAUUAUUACAACUGCAAUGGUCCGUUCAUGCAAAAACAGCAGCUGGUGGUACAAUCAUGAAAGCUCAGAUACCAUCUUAUGUUAAACUCGACGAUUUUAACGAGUUAUAUAUCGAUGGCAGGAGAGCUAUUGUCGCUAAAUAUCCUAAUGGUGAUCCUUCUACUCAAGGCGUAUAUGCCAAAGAUCCUGGAUUCUCUUUUGAUGCGCAAAGAUGGUGGCCACCGAGUUUUAAUCCAAGUGUAGAAAUUCGUGUACAAGAACCUUAUCGUAACGGCACAGUAUUUACAAAUUAUCAACUUGGUGUAGGUGGUGGUGCUGCUGUUUUUAAUCCACCUACCAAUUUUUGGAGUACAGCUUCACCACCUGCAGGCGAUAAUUAUGUUGUUCCUCGUGGUCUUACCGUGAAAAGUGGUGCCAUGCCUCAUAUUGGUAAUUGGAGUAAGCCUACGACUGGUUUCGUGCAUGCUUUUCAUGCUGGUUAUUGGGGUAGUUGGGUAUUCGAAAUAGCAUCGAUCAAUACUACCGAAAAUACCAUUAUGUUUGCCCGAGGAGGAUUUCAAGAAGCACGAGGUUCGGAUGCUGGUGGUGCAUUUUAUGUUGCAAACAUUUUCGAAGAGCUUGAUUCACCAAAUGAAUGGUUCUUGGACAAAGAUACUCGUACUCUCUAUUUUAUGCCCAACGAAACUAUGCCUGACGUUUUUGUGGCCAGUCAAAUUCCUUGUCUCAUUUCCAUCAUUGGUAGUAGUAUCGAAGAUUCUGUCAAAAAUGUACUAAUACGAGGUUUGAUACUAACAGAGACAAGUAGUACCUAUAUGAGAGAUUAUAUGGUACCAGGUGGUGGUGAUUGGGCUGUUCAUCGAGGUGGCACUAUGUAUUUGAGAAACACGCAAUAUGUCACUAUUACACACAAUUUAUUCACACAAUUGGGCAGUAAUGGUGUGGCUUUAAUUGAUUAUAACUUUGCUACCUCUCUUACUUUGAAUGAAUUUGUAUGGUUGACUGAUUCGGCUAUCAUACUUGUUGGUAGUACGUAUGGAAUUGAUGGCUUUAGUAUCGCUAGUCAACCUGACAAUAUACUCAUACAGUCCAAUCUCAUACAUGAGACUGGUAUCUAUAUCAAACAGUCAUCACCAGUAUUGAUUGCUAUAAGUAGGAGUGUGUCUGUCGUCGGUAAUCUCAUGUUCAAUAUACCACGAGCGGCAAUCAAUAUCAAUGAUGGUUUCUAUGGUAAUCAUACUAUUAGUUGGAAUGUCAUAUUCAAUACUGUGCGAGAAACUAGUGACCAUGGGCCAAUCAACACAUGGGAUCGACAACCAUUUUUGAGUGAUGCAGUGCAACAUGACGUACCUUCACUCUGGCAGCAUGAAAGUUAUAUUCAUCAUAAUACUCUCUUCAAUAAUUACAACGCUUUAUGGCCCAUUGAUCAUGAUGAUGGUAGUUGUUUCUAUGAAGAUAGU